GUUGUACUAGCUUUUAUUUUAGUGUGUGAGAAUUGUUGUUUUGACAUUAGAAAUGUUGCUAAGUCAACAAUAGUUUUCAGCAGUUACGUCUAGCAGUUACCGUCAGCGUAGAUAUCAACUGAAACUUCACCUGCAAGUAAUGGAGUUUCCUGAAGAUUUCAACCAGCUUGAGCUUCUGAAUUCACAUGGGCACCUGAUCCCCCGAGGGGCCAGCAGCCUGUGGACUGGAAGCAAGGAUGAUGAGGAAGAGGUGGAAGAUGAGGAGGGGGACCACAGUGAGGAGUGGUAUCUAGAAAAAGAAGAAACUCUCAGAGACACCCCAAAGGAGCUCAUUCUGUGGGCAGCGGAAAACAAUCGCAUUUCAACAGUCCACAGGUUGUUAAGUGUUGAUCCCUUGCUGGUGCACUGCUGCGAUGAGGACGGUUACACUCCGCUGCAUCGCGCAGCAUACAGCGGCCACAUUGAUGUGGUCUCUGCUUUACUCGCCACCGGGUCAAAGGUUAACCCCCGCACCAUUGACGGCUGGACGCCCCUUCACAGCGCCUGCCGCUGGAGCCGCGUCACAGUGGCGAGUCUCCUCCUGCAACACGGAGCCGAACUGAACGCCCAGACCAACGGUGGCCUCACGCCACUACACCUGGCUGCUUCCCACGCCAGCUCCCUAAAAACAGACUCCGCUCACACGUUAGAGCUCCUCCUCUCUCAGCGUCACCUGAAGCCGGGGCUCCGCAGCAGCAGCGGGGAGACGGCCAGCGAGGUGGCCUGGCGUAGUGGGCCACAUCACUUCCUGUUUGAGAUGGCAGAAGACUGUGUCAACGUGGUGCCCAUUUCAUGAAUGAAAGCACAGGUGCACACAAAUUCUCACGUUCACGCUUUUACCCUCUUCUUGCCCCUGCAAGUGCAAUGGACAGCAGGUCCAUCAAACUAUUUUGCAGAUGCUGUACACUGAGACAUAAACAUCAUUCAUUACUUGACCUUGGUAUUUAUACAUAAAAAAACUGGUCAUAAUAUGAGAAGAAUGUCAGUAUGCUUUGACACAUGAUUACUGUCACGUCCUUCGGGGGCAUCGACACAGACAGGCUUUCUUUGCCUUGGAUGGCUCAACAAAAUGUAAAACCCCAGUCAGAGAUAAUGAGUAUGGCUAUGGUGGUUAUCAACCAAAGCUCUCCUGGUCAGGCUCUGUGCACAGUCCAAUUAAAGACAGUGUUUGGUGCAUCAUUUAAGUAAACUUGCGUACAACAUGGACAGAUGGCGUGCUGGCUUCUUCAAUCAAAAUGAAUAGGACGUUAUGAUGGAGAGCUUCGAAGACUGAAGAAUUAUUGAAGCAAGAGACACUGUUCCUGCAAAAAAGGCAAGAGCGGAAUGAUGGCAGAAAACUGCUAAUCGUCUAAAUUAAGUUUAUGUGCAGUAUGUAUUUUACCACUCAAUGCAUUCUCAGUGCGUCCCGUGCAAAUGCACAUUCUAGAGCUCCUGAGCUUUUCACUUGAUAAAGCAUAUUUAAACGUACUCAAGAAUGGCAUUAAGGUCUGACUCUUCCAUAAAGAAGGCUAUGUGGAAAUCACUGUAGUUUUUAGCCAUGUUCAAGUGAAAUCAAUUUUAUUGAUUGAAUAUUAUCUGUGAUAAAUAUCUAGAGAAUAAUCAAUUUUCUAAUCGGUGUCCUAAUUAGCUGAAAUACCACCAGUAAAAAUUAGACUUGGCAGCAAAUUAGGAUCAAACCUGUGCUUCUAUGUCUUUAUCAUGCUUUCAGUGUUUGGAUGAUCUGCUGUGUAAAAUGUAAAGUGUGAACAUUGCCUGAAGCAAACGGAGGAAAGUAAUGAUUUUUCUGCAUCAUCAACUAAAUGCAUGCACGUUCCCCUGGCAAAAACCCCACACCCCCAUGCUGAGGAUUUAUAUCACUCAUAUCUCUUCAUUUUCCUGAAUAUCAUCAGGAAAAAGUGAAAGAGUGGUGCUUUUCAUUGCCAAUUUAAAUCCAAAAGUGAACAAAAACUCCUUUGCAACAGGUGAGGUGUGCAGCAUAAGUAACCAUGGUGAUUAAGCAGGGCAAAAAGAAAGCCACCCACAUGAAUUGAAAGCUGUGGCUUUAAGGUCAACAUGCCUCGACUGCAUCCCUCUUGUCUCCUCGACUGCCUCUAUAGCUGUGUUGAUGUCCGUGGUCUCAAGGCAAUGCAUGUUUUCUAUUAAAGCGUCAUUAAAAACUGAAUGGUGUAUAUUUUAAAAUUUAUAUAUACAACAAGAACUUCUUGGUGCCGUUUGACACUGAUGCAAUGCCACACGGCAACGAUUUCAAACCGCCUUUUCUGCAUUUCAGUGUAUCUUAUGCUGCUCAUGUAUGCAGUUU